AUGCCCAUUUUAAUAUUAGUGUUUGUGGGCUUUGUUGGGGCCCAGUUUAGUGAACCAAGACGACCGGUCGAUCUCUGGAAUCCGUUUGGGACGACAACAACGAGAAGGCCCGGACAAGUAAGAUAAUUUUUAUUAUGGCUUUUGGUGUUUAGGAACGAUAAGGUAAUAAAUUUGUUGAUAAAGAUGCAUUUUAUUGGAAGGUGAUAAAAUGUAUUAAAUGAACAUAUUAUUAACUUUAUCACUUUAGGGGACAGCUUCAGACGAAGUUCUGGUUCGGCUAUCAAUUGGUCAUGUUAUUGGGCGUCGUGCAACUGUGUAUAACGUGCCAUGGACAGCCGAUAAAGAUCCUCUAGAGACGGAAAGACCUACAGCGUCUCAUUUUGAUCCAGACCCAGUGCCUCUUCUCAACAAUGUUACAGUAUACACGUUUUUGGGGAUACCGUAUGCCGAACCACCAGUGUCUCAAAGAAGGUUCAAACCACCUCAGCUGAUGACACAACUGCCGGGAGAAGGACCUUUUUCAGCCUUAGAAUAUGGUCCUACUUGUGCACAAGAGAUUGAGACUAGGCCCAAUCUUAAGAUAAACAACUUGUAUCCGUUCAGAGUCAGCGAGGAUUGCUUGUACUUAAAUAUCUUCACUCCUGAUGUAAGUAGUGUUUGUGUUAGUUUAUUUUCUUAAUUUAGGCUGCAAAAACGUCGUCGCGCAACUACCCGGUUGUCGCGUUCUUUCAUGGCGGCAACUUCCAAACAGGCUCUGCUAAUGAAUGGCCAGGACAUGUUUUGGCGUCACGAGGAUUGGUUGUGGUCACCAUUAACUACCGUUUAGGACCUUUUGGUAAGUUUGCAAGUUUUUUUAAGAUUUUUAACUUGGAUCACCGUAUUUUACACAAUUAGAUUUAAAGUUUAAUAUUAUUGUAAAAGUUUAUAUUUGUGAAAACUUUUAAAAUUGGACUGUAUUAUUAUUCUUUAGGAUUUAUGAGUUUGGGAGAUACUUAUACUGGAAACUACGGGAUCCAGGAUCAGAGGUGUGCGUUACAAUGGAUCCAACAACAUAUUGCUGCUUUCGGAGGUAAUCCAGGCGCAGUAUCUAUCGUUGGACAUGACGCUGGCGCUGUUUCUGCUGGUAUUCACAUGUUGUCACCGUUAUCUAAAGGUAUGUUUAUCAAAUACGAAACUCAAAGCGUCGAUUUUGAAAUUAUUUGUUACAUUUUUUAAAAUAAUUGAUUUACUGACAAGACGAAUAUUUACAGGAUUGUUUAAAGCUGUAGUAGCUAUGUCAGGCGCAGAAGUAUCUUACCACUCAACUAUUGGCAAGCCUAUACUAGCCUUUAAUAACACGAUGAAGCUUGGCAGAUACCUAGGAUGUGUUCAGCCAGUAGCCCAACAAGUUUGGGAUUGUAUUCUGACGAGAUCCACUAACGAUAUUAUUCAAGCUGUAUCUCCAACCAACGUGCCAACAAUACCGGUCGAAUUCAAUCGCUACCUAUUCAUGCCGACCAUUGAUAACAGGGAAUUGUCAUCUCAUCCAUUGCUUUUACUCAAUGAAGUACCUACUGGAGGAGCAGAUCUACCUUCUCCUGUACCAUACUUGACAGGACUAAACAAGCACGAUGGAGUUGAGGCGAUUCUGGAGAAUCGACCAUUGGGGGAGUUUUCAGACUUUGAAGUGGAUGAGAGUUUUAUGAGGAGCUGGAUUAUAGAGUAUACCUACAGGCACAACUACACCAUGAAUAGGGAAUCUAUAAUUGCAGCAAUAUCAGAUUAUUACACGUUUUGGCCUGACAAGAGCGACAUUUGGAAUAUUAGGGACAAAUUUAUUGAGGUAAGCAGCCUUAGGUGUCGAUCAGGGACGUCGCUACGGGAAAAAAUUUUUUUGGUCCACAGGUACCUGUGGAUUUUUUUUCGGAUCGGCUCUGGGGGGGGAGUCACCCCGAACCACCCCCCCCAAACGACGUCCCUGGUGUCGAUAUAAUAUACUAUGUCAUUCGAUUUUGACUUAAAGUAUUAUACGAUUUGGUUAAUAUAAUACGUUUUAGUUAGUGACUGAUGCCUAUUACACAGCACCAAUAGCUCAAUCAACUCACUUACAUUCAGCAGCCGGCUCUAGAACCUUUAUGUAUGUGAACAGCUACAACUUCUCGGAAACACGCGACAAUCGAGAGCCUCGAGAGUCGAAUCAGGCCUUCAGAGAUUGGAUGGGGUCUUGUCAUCAAUGUGACUUGUACCUUCUGUUUGGAUUUCCCUAUUUGGAGCCUAAUUUGAUGCCAAAACAUUUGAAUGAAGUAGUUUGGUACAACACGGACAGAAAUGCCAGUUAUUUGUUCAGUUCGAUGGUCAGACAGUUUGUCAGAGUUUAGUAAGUUUUAUUAUCCUUGGCAUUGUUUUAUAUUGUUUUUGUUUUUAUCAUAUUUUUUUAAAUAUGAUAAUAUCCUAUCUUGAUUUUUCAGCGACCCAAACCUGCCAAAUCAAGGCAUUUGGCCAGCUUACCAACCAAGAGCACAUUGGUUCAUGAACUUUACUUAUCACGCCUUUCACCCAACUGAUCGUCUCGGCACGGUAGAUCGUGAUUAUCGCUACAGUGAAGUGGGAUUCUGGAAUAAUCUGAUUCCAGGCUUAGUCAACUACAUGACGACAACGUUCCCACCAGAUGGAGUCGUGGAACGGCGAGAACUAGUACUGUUUAAGAUUGUCUGCGCUAUUCUUGUCAUCAUCGUGAUGCUGCUUCUACUGGGAGUUCUUUCUUGUGGCUACAUGAUGUUUGACAGAAGGAAAGGGGAAGACUUUGAUAGGAGAACAUUGAUGACACGACAAUCAGAUUAUCACGAAACAUAUCAGCCACCUCAUCCUGGCACAGUCGGACCUCAACGAAUACCUAUGAAUCAGUUGUCUUCACUUUGA